AUGAUGCGCGGCCAGCGUGGGAGCAGGUCGGCGCCGACGCUGCCAGAACUAAGACGAGACCGCGACCGACGGCGGGCCGUGCUGGCGAGCAUCCGCGCUGCUGACGACGGGCUCGAGACUGCCCUUGAGAGCGACGAGAUCCUCGCAUGCUUUGAAGAGGCGCUCGGCGAACGGCAGCCAGAUAUGGGAACGGAUGCUGCAGCAGGGCGAGAGGCGAACGCCGAGAGUGUCACGGUCCUCUGGGCGUUCAUCUGCCUCUCGAGCGGCCGCGUCGCAAUCACACUCGCCGCCGUCUUAAUCCCUCGCCUCAUCGUUGAGCUGGAUCCUCUGCACCGCUCCCGUCGCCGCCUCGGCCACGACUUGCAAGUUCCUCGCUAUGACUUUUUGCCGAAAAUAAAAGGGAUAAAAAGCGGUAUCCGGUAA